CCAAACAAGGCACUAAAUAAAACCAAACUUUAUUACUUCUAUUAUAAAAGACAUGACAAUAUUAUCAUAAUGAAACUUUUAAGUUUACAAAAAAAAAAUGGAAAGCACAGAUUCAUCCUCAACUCAACCUUACCCUCAGCUACCUCCUGGAUUUCGCUUCCAUCCUACUGAUGAAGAACUCAUUGUUCAUUACCUCAAAAGGAAGGCCUCUUCCGUCCCUCUUCCCGUGUCCAUCAUCGCCGAGGUCGAUUUGUACAAGUUCGACCCUUGGGAGCUACCAAGUAAGGCAAUAUUUGGAGAGCAAGAGUGGUACUUUUUUAGUCCAAGAGAUAGGAAGUACCCAAAUGGGGCCCGCCCAAAUAGAGCAGCAACUUCCGGUUAUUGGAAAGCAACUGGGACUGAUAAACCAAUAUUAACAUCUAAUGGUAGUAACCAAAAAGUUGGUGUUAAGAAAGCUCUUGUUUUCUACGGUGGUAAACCUCCUAGAGGGAUCAAAACUGAUUGGAUUAUGCAUGAGUAUCGCGUUAUUGAUGCUAAUUCUACCUCUAAGUUGCCUCAUUCUCUCGUCGAUCAUCCUUCCAAGAAGCCCUCUCUCCGGCUUGACGAUUGGGUUUUAUGUCGGAUUUACAAGAAGAACAACACACAAAGACCGAUCGAACACGAUAGAGACGAUCUAAUUGAAGAGAUGAUCAAGCAACAAAAGUUAAUGAGAACAAUUUGUUCAAAGAAUACAAAUUUAAUGGAUCAUAACAAUAAUAACGAACAAAACUUAUAUGAAUUCUCACAAUUAGGCACUUCAACAUCAAGGCAUGAAAUGUACGGCAUACAAGGCAACGAUAAUAACAAGCGCGAACAACAACAACAACUACAACAACAACAAGGUUCUUUAUACUAUGAUGAUCCGAUGGGGUCCGUCGGAUCUUCCUCGGGUCGCCGGUUUCAUCAUCAGCAAUCCGAUCAGACGACCGGGAGUACUACCGGUACCGACGGAAAUAGCUCCUCUUUUGUUUCCAUGCUAAGUAACUUACCUCAGGGGAUUACUAGUACUUCUUCUGGUGUCCCUUUUAGUAUGGGGAGUCCUUUGCUAGUUGGGAAUAUUGGUGAUGGGGUUUUAAGGCCUCCUUUUCAACUUUCUGGGGGUACAUGGAAUUCUUAGUUUGUUCAUUAAAAUUAUAUGACUCAUUUUUAAUUUUUUAUACACAUAUUGAAGCAAAUUAAAUACAAGUGUAAGAAAGUAAAUUAUACCAAGUAUGGAGUAUACUGUAUACAAUAUUUAAUUUUUACAACUGAAUUAUAUUUUUAAUUAUA